AUGCAGCCCCAGAGAAGGCAGCCAGCAACAGCUGUGCGGAACAGUCAGAGCUGGGGAGUGUCUCCCCGCAGCGGAACAGUCAGAGCUGGGGAGUGUCUCCCCCCGCUGGAACAGUCAAAGCUGGGGAGUAUCUCCCCCCAGCGGAACAGUCAGAGCUGGGGAGUGUCUCCCCCCAGCGGAACAGUCAGAGCUGGGGAGUAUCUCCCCCCCCCCCGCCGGAACAGUCAGAGCUGGGGAGUGUCUCCCCCCAGCGGAACAGUCAGAGCUGGGAAGUGUCUCCCCCCGCCGGAACAGUCAGAGCUGGGGAGUAUCUCCCCCCAGCGGAACAGUCAGAGCUGGGGAGUGUCUCCCCCACCGGAACAGUCAGAGCUGGGGAGUGUCUCCCCCACCGGAACAGUCAGAGCUGGGGAGUGUCUUUCCCCACCCAGCCUUUUGUCAUUAGCUUCCUUUUGUUCUCUCUGCUCACUGCCCUUAUCUGACCCUGUGAGCAGGGGAGGGGCUCCACAGUGGCUCCUGUCCUCCCUGCAGCAGGGAAGGAGGGCUGUGUGGUGCUUUGCUAGUUUCGCAAAGCACCGGGAGAUGUUUUCUGGGACACUGACUCCCACCCCCACAAAGGUGCUGAGUGGCUCUCCGGAUAGGAGCUGGCCUGACUGUCCUCCUUUGAGGCUUUCCUGGGGCCUCCUCCCCUCCUGCAAUGAGCAGUUGUUUGCUCUUGAAAACCUCACGGCAAGGCUGUGGCUGAGCUUCUGGUUCACCACCCCAGGACCUCCUUACAGUUCUCUACACAUAAUAGGUGCUUCCUGGACGUUGUUGGGUUUGGAAAUAAGUGGAAAGUGUGGGAUGUACCCUUGGGGAAAAGCCUGUGGUGGGUUUAGAAAGAUCUCAGGAACACGAGUUUCUCUUCCCUCAGGGUGGCUAUGAAAUAGGUCCCCCAUCUCUCUGCUGUGGGUCAUCCUUGCUCCGGAGAUCCAUUCCCCACCUUUCCUGUGGGCCAAUUAAGUCAGGAGACCACCUUUUAUUUAAAUGUGUCACCCUCUGCCUCAAGGCUUGGUUCCAGAAAGGUAAAGGUGAAAAUAUCCCCUUUCACCCCCCUGCCAAACAAACAAGCAACAUCCUCAAAACCCAACCCCAUUCCUCACAUUGUUCCUGUGGCUUCUCCAGCCUUUCUCCCUCACAUCAGGAGGUAGAUGGCUCUGAAGUGACAGCACCACAGCCACAGUGACUGCAUGAGCCGUUGGAACUGCAGUUCGUCCUCCCUGGAACCACAGCAGAAGGAGACCUGGGUUGCUGUUUUCUUGCUUUUUGUUUUGUUUUGUUUUAUUUCAAUAUCACCUCCAUCCCAUCAAAUUGUACUGUGAACUGGAGGAUGGUGGAAUGUUCUGGCAUUUGAUGGAGACUUUCGGCAACCAGUUCUGCUGAUGCUUCGCUCCUAGCUCUGUUCAGGGAGGUGCCUGGGAGCAAGACUGGCCAUUACGCAUCUCCUUUUCUCUCCACUGCCCAGUGUGCUGUUUUGAGGUGUCAAAUACAAAUAAAUCUGGGCUUAGGGAAGGCGAGACCUUAUUCCAAAGCAUGAUUGCAGAAGAGGAAAGGGAAUGCUGUAAAAGGAAGAGGAAGGGGCCUAUGGGAGUCGUGAGAAGGCUCAGACCUACCGACAGCAGAUCUGCAGGCAUCUCAAAGCCCAGGCAGAAAAGGCCUUUUCUUUCACUGGAAAAAGUAAACAUGACUAGAAAGAGCUGCGUUCAGGGAGCUGCGUUCAGGGAAUCACUUUGUGCCCAGCCUUUUAUUUUUUCAGGGGAGGGGCUGUUUGCUGGCUCAGGCUGAGGGUGGGCCAAAGUCCAGGGUCUGGUGGGAGGAGGGAAGCUUAACUCAAGUUUGGCUUAAUGAGUUAGCAAGCUCUUCGUGCAGAUGGAGAUGUAGGUAAAUCUCUUUAAAAACAAAAUUAACCUGCCAAUCUUACAACCCAAUCAUUUUUUUAAGGGCCUUAGAGCCAUCUCUAAAACAAACCUCAGGAGGUUUCGUGCCGUCUCCCUGUCUUUGUGGAAGCUUUAGCCUGGGCAUCUUGUCUGCUAGCCAUAGGUUCCUUUCAGCCUUGCUGACUUCUCCCUAUAAAAGUAAAGCCCUUUUCUGCCCCAGCUCUAAGAUACUUGUAGAUCUGAAGGUCUGAGACUUGCCGAUUUUCUGGUUGAGUGUUCUUUGUAUUGCCAUAGUCCCUUCCCUCUGAAGCAAUAGCCCCUCACCACCUCCUGCAAUAACCCUUUCGAAUGACGUCUCUCCCUGCGUACUUCCUCAUUUGUUCUUGACAGAGGGUAUGGACGACUUGCAUUUUGAAAAUUAGGGACCAGUUCCAAAGUCUGUGUUUAUGUUAAUCAUGUGUAGAACAGCCCCGCUGGACACCCAAGAAAGCCACGGGAAUGCCAGCUGGAAAGGUCCCCUUCCUGAGGGAAGCCUGCUAAGGAGAGGUUCUGCAGAAUCCAAACCCAAAUUUCCCAAGUCACACCCCCCACACCCCGCGUGUCCUCUCACACCGUCCACUGUGCGUUUGUAUGUGUCUGGGAUCCAGGGCAAUGUGAAUUUUCUUUUUAUUUGGGAGAUUGUUCACGGGAAACAGAUCUUCUCUCUUGUCCACCUAUUGUUUACAAUAUUUGUACAUCUAUGCAAAAUACUUGAAUGGGCCAUGGUGCCUUUUUUCCUUAUUUGUAUUUAAUUAAAAGGAAUUGUUUGUCAUUUGCAAUGUUA